UGCUCUGGUCAUCUCCAGAGUCUGUCCAAGGAUGCAUGUUUCUGGAGUGAUUUCUGCAGUUUUACUGCUUAUUCCAGGCAUCAUAGCUCAGCAGAUCUCCGAUGAUGCCAUUUACCUUGUGGCUGUGACCUCCCAGGCUGAAGGGGGCACCACGGAGACACUAUGUGUCACAGUCAAACCCCGUCGAUUCGUUCAACUGGAUGUGACCCUGGAAUAUAACGAAAUCUCCACCACUAUUCUGAAGGAACGGUUUAUAAUACAAGAAUACUACAAGUGCGUCACAUUUCAGGUUCCUGUCGUAAGCGUGGAAUCAGUGGCAGAUAUUACCAUUCAGAUUAAAGGGAGGACAUCGCAGAAAAAGACGACAAAGAUUCUCAUCAGACCUCCGGCUAAACUGAUCAUCAUCGAGACCGACAAACCCAUCUACAAACCGGGACAAAUGGUGAAGUUCCGCGUCGUCUCUCUGGAUUCCAAUUUCUUCACCAACAACCGGACGUUUCCAAGAAUAGACCUGCGGGACCCGAACUCAAACCGUAUUGGUCAGUGGUUGGACGUGUCGACGAACAGCGGUUUUGUGGAUCUGUCUUAUCCCAUAAACUCUGAGGCCACAAACGGAUUUUAUGUCAUUACUGUCUGGGACAACAACCGUGACGAGAUCGCAGAAACCUUCGAAGUCAAGGACUACGUGCUGCCGAAGUUUGAGGUGACGGUGGAACUUCCUCCAGUUAUAACCAUCCUGGAGACGUCCGCUACCCUGAAAGUGUGUGCAAAAUAUACGUAUGGGAAGCCUGUGAUUGGUACAGUGAGGGCGAGGGUCUGCCAUAACAGUUACAGUUACUGGGGUUUCAUACGAGGAAGCCCACCACCACCAGACAUCUGCAAAAAUUACACCCUGCAGACUGACAGGACGGGAUGUGCACAACAUGUUUUAAGUCUGAAUGAGUUUGACAUAAGGAAUUCACGCUAUCAAAGAACACUCACUGUUCAGACCGAGGUGGAAGAAUCCGGCACUGGUGUGAUUAUGCAGGGUUCAGGAAACUCUCAAAUAACAAAUAAUAUGGUCAUGAUUUCAUUUGUCGAUUCACCAACAACCUAUAAGCCUGGAAUGAUGUAUGAAGGAAAGAUCGAAGUGACCGACCCGAACUCCAAUCCCGUGAAAAAGAAACCCGUAUAUCUGACUCUCAAUUACGGCAAUAAUAUAAACUCAGUUCAGACGCUGGUUACAAAUGACGACGGGAUCGCAUCGUUUUCCUUCGACGCCAAACCAUGGGGUCAGCAGCAAGUCAGUUUAAAGGCACAAUAUGAAAAGACUGAGAAACCAGUUCUAUUUGAAGAUAAUCAGCUCAACCCAUACUACCCCACCGCCUACCUCACUCUUCAGCCGUUCUACUCCAAGAGCCAGAGCUUUAUUGAACUGAAGAGCAUCUCAGAGCCUUUCAGCUGUGAUGGAAUUGCUCUUGUUACGGCUCAGUUUGUGAUAAAAGACUCAUUCAGACCCUGGGAUCCAUUCGAACUACCCGUUGACCCAAUCAAGCCAUCCAUUAAGCCCAUCAAACUACCCAUUGAGCCUACCGAGCCACCCAUUGACCCUAUCAAACUACCCAUUGAGCCUACCGAGCUACCCAUUGACCCUAUCAAACUACCCAUUAAGCCUAUCAAACUACCCAUUAAGCCUAUCAAACUACCCAUUAAGCCUACCAAGCCACCCAUUGACCCUAUCAAACUACCCAUUCAGCAACGCAAACUACCCUUUGACCCAAUCGAACUACCCUUUGACCCAAUCAAGCCACCCAGUCCCAGAUAUGUCAAGAUUGCCUUCUACUACAUGGUGAUGUCCAGAGGACACCUGGUUCAACAAGGGCAUGUCUUGUUGAGCAUCAGCCCUAGAGGAGAUGAGCUCAGAGGUAGAGUGCUUUUCUCACUGAAGAAUGUAGAAAAGAUGUCUCCAGUCGCUCAGGUGGUCCUGUACACACUCCUUCCCAAUGGUGAAGCUGUGGCAGACAGCAGGAACUACGCCGUUCAGCUAUGUUUGCCUAACAAGGUGUCUCUGAAUUUCAAGUCUCCUUCUGAGCUUCCUGGUGAGCAGACGUCACUGACCCUGAGAGCCGCUCCAGGUUCACUAUGUUCAGUGAGAGCCAUUGAUAAAAGUCUGCUGCUGCUGCAACCGGAGAAAGACGUCACCAUCGAAUCUGUGUUCGCAAUGCUGCCUUUCCAGAUGUUAUCAGGAUAUCCCUACAAGAUCGAUGAUGAGGAUUUAUACCCAUGCGUGAGGAAGCCACCUCCCCUUGAACUCCAGAGAAUAUCAAGAUCGAUUCCUUAUUUUCCUAUCUAUGAAAAAGUCGACGUGUACAACGUCUUUAAAGAUGUUGGGAUCAAGAUUCUGACCAAUGCUGAUAUCAGAAGCCCUUCUGUGUGCCCUGAUAUUUUACCAUAUUUUAGGAAACCAGGCAUAGAACAACCGGCUGCCUUUGAAAAAGAGGCUACUUUAGCUGAGAGCAGUCCUGCCGAACCAGUUGUUACCAUCCGCAAAUAUUUCCCAGAGACAUGGGUUUGGGAUCUCGUUUCAGUCAGUUUGUAUGGAGUGAAAUCCCUUACGAAAACAGUCCCGGACUCCAUCACUACGUGGCAGGCUGAUGCAUUUUGUACGUCGCCCAUUGGGUUCGGAGUCGCCCUGAAAGCUGAGCUCACUGCCUUCCAGCCUUUCUUUGUGAGCCUCACCAUGCCAAGCUCCGUCAUCCGAGGAGAAGUGUUCACACUCAAGGCCACUGUCUUCAACUAUCUCCAAAGCUGUAUGAUGGUGAAGGUGGUUUUGGCUGACUCGAAGCAGUUCUCAGUGCAAAAGGUGAAGAACAGCGUUUACACACGCUGUCUGUGUGCUGACGAGAGCUGGACCGUCUCCUGGAUCAUCACACCGCUGGUUCUGGGGGAGGUGACCAUCGAGGUAUCGGCGGAGGCUGUGAAGUCGUCGGUUCUGUGUGGCAAGAGUGCAGUUGAUGUACCACAGAAAGGACGCAUCGACACAGUCAUUAAGACACUACUAGUGCAGGCUGAAGGAACCAAAAAGUAUAAAACCUACAAUGAGCUUCUCUGUCCAUCAGGCAGUACAGUUGAGGAAACAGUCUCACUAACCCUGCCCAAGAUCAUGGUGGAUGGUUCGGCCACGGCUUCCGUCUCCGUUGUGGGAGAUCUGAUGGGCCGAGCUCUACAGAACUUGGCGAGUCUCCUGGCGAUGCCAUACGGCUGUGGAGAGCAGAACAUGCUGCGCUUUGCCCCCAACAUCUAUAUCCUGGACUACCUGGAGAGCACCAACCAGCUCACACCUGAGACCAGGAGCGAAGCGGAGAACUACCUCAUUACCGGAUAUCAGAGAGAGCUGACCUACAAACACAAUGAUGGAUCUUACAGUGCUUUUGGGAUGAGCGAUAAAUCCGGAAACACAUGGCUGACGGCGUUCGUGAUGAAGUCUUUCGGACGCGCGAGCCGAUACAUCUAUAUAGAUCAAGUGUAUGUGGAACAGGCGAAGACCUGGCUCGGUCAACAGCAGCAGGAUAACGGAUGUUUUGCCUCAGUGGGACAACUCUUUCACACCGACAUGAAGGGAGGAGUGAAUGAUGAGGUGACCCUCACAGCGUACAUCACGGCUGCAAUGCUGGAACUCAAUUAUACAAUUACAGAUCCUGUGGUGAAAAAUGGUAUUAAAUGCUUGAGGAAUGAAUACACCAAGGUGGCCUCCACCUACGCCAAGGCUCUCCUCUUCUACACCUUCACUCUAGCUGAAGAUCAGAGCAUGAGGAACACACUCAUCUCAGAGUUGGAUGCAGUGGCUAUAGUCUCAGAGAACAGGAGAUACUGGAGCUCAGUGAACAGUGGGUUCAGGAUGGCAUCUCUGGAGGUGGAGACGACCUCGUAUGUACUCCUGGCUCUGAUGUCUGGACCCCAGCUCUCCGGGUUUAGUCGGAGUUACAGCAUCAGCAUUGUCUACUGGCUUUCUCAGCAGCAAAAUGCCUUUGGAGGCUUCUCUUCUACACAGGACACUGUCGUGGCUCUCCAGGCUCUGGCGAAAUACAGUCAAAUCACCUACAGUCCAGCAGGAUUUGUUUCUGUUACUAUAAAAUCACCAUCAGGGCUGAUUACCUCAUUUACCGUCACUCAGACUAACCGGUUGCUGUAUCAGCAGAGUCAGCUGAAGGAGGUUCCUGGAGAUUACAGAAUCCAAGCAGAAGGGAAAGGCUGUGUGUACGUGCAGUUCACUGUGAGCUACAAUAUCCCUCCUCCUCCUGAUCGCUCAUCAUUCAGCAUCUCAGCCUCAGCAUCUGGAAACUGCAGGGUCCCAAAUCCAGUUCUGACUGUAGCCAUUACUGUCAUGUAUAACGGUAAACGACCGAGUACCAACAUGGUGGUCAUCGAAGUCAAGCCUCUUUCUGGAUUCAGUGCAGACGAGACAUCUGUGACGCUUAAGGAAGGCGAUUCCAAUUCGUCUGACGGAGUUGUGAAACGUGUGGAGAAAACUGAUGGCACAGUCAUCAUCUAUCUAGAUGGACUGACGAAGGGAAAGGAAAAAGUGUACUCCCUGACGCUCGUGCAGGAUGAUGAAGUGCAGAACCUGAAACCAGCUGUUGUGAAAAUUUACGACUACUAUGAGCCCGGUGACAUGGCUGUAACUGAAUACCCCUCGCCGUGUCCAGUUCAGUGAGAUGAUCUGAGAAAGAGUACAGCAAGAGAGUUUCCUCCCUUUGGCUAGUUUUCUGUCUGUUUCACAUUUAUCGGCAAACUUUCACAAACUUAAGUAACUAAUGAAGAAUAUUAGCAUGCUUGGUUUGGUUCUAUUUUUUCUGAUUUCUUGCCCUUAUGUUCAACUUCAAUAAUCAAAAUCACUUUUGGUGUUUUUGGUGCCUAUGACUUUCUAGUAUAUAUCAUGGACUGAAAAAUUAUUUGUAGACGUAAUGUCACUUCAUAAGGCAAUUUUAUGACCGGUUACAAAUUUUAAUCUAUAAAAAUUAUAGAUUAAAUUUUUUUAAUCGAUUUUAUUCAUUUUCUUUUUGGUCUUGCAAGGUUUGAAAGCACUUUGAUUGACUUCUUUGGGUUUGUGAAUUUCUCCACAGGAACCUCUUCUUAUUUCUCUCUCUUUGAAAACUGAUGGACAAGUGAAAUGCCAAUGCAUAUAAAAAAUAUAUUAAUAAAUUCUCCAAUAAUC